GCACUCAUGUGCACAUACCCACCCACAGACACAUGUAAGUGCAAAUAUCCAAAGUUAAAACUGAAACAAUAAAAAACUCCCAUAGGGUUAGGGGUUUGUUUUUUUGGUUGUUUUUUUUUUAAUCCAUGUAUAGUUUUUCUUAUACCUUCCUCCCAGCCAGAUCCCGAAGCAGUCCUACUGUAGAUUUUCCUGUAAGACUUUGUGUUGCCCCAGGGUGGGUGGAGAGGCUAUGUGGAAGGCCAGUGCUGUCAAACACCAGCUUCAGCCCUGGAAAUAGGCCACUGGUGCCGGGCGAGGUGUUCUUCCACAAGUUAGCUGGUACCCCAGUGGUAGGGAGCUGUUCUUUGUUGGAGUUAUUUUACCUGGUGUAAGAAGUCGUUCUUUUUGUUGUGACUGCUGUCCACUCGGUACAGAAGCGAGCAAGCACGCACUACGGGUGUCUGUGCCGUGUGUCUGUCUAGCUACCGUGGUCUUGUGUGCAUGUCCAGAAGUGAAGGCUCGGGGUUGGGCUGCUCUUUCAUGACCAUCUGGUUUGUUUUCGCUUAACACUUCUUUUGUUUCUGUUUUUCUACUGUUCUUUGAAAUGUAGUAAGGCCAGCCUGUACGGACAGGGCCUCAAGGAAGCAAGCUACCCCUGAGCUGAGGCAGUUCCUUUCAGAGAGUCACUGAGCCCUUGUCUUUAUUUCAACAUCAUCUCCUAGUCUGGAGGACAGGACCAGGAACGGAAGAAGACAAAGAGGCGAGGAGACUUGUACUCCAUCCAGACCUCCCUCAUCGUGGCUGCGCUCAAGAAAAUGCUGCCCAUUGGUCUGAACAUGUGUACUCCAGGCGACCAGGAGCUCAUCUCUCUUGCAAAAUCUCGAUACAGCUGUAGGGACACUGAUGAAGAGGUCAAGGAACAUCUGCGGAAUAACCUACACCUGCAGGAAAAGUCAGAUGAUCCAGCUGUGAAAUGGCAGCUGAACCUCUACAAAGAUGUUCUGAGGAAUGAAGAACCUUCUAACCCAGAAAAGACGGUGGAGCGUGUGCAGAGGAUCUCAGCUGCUCUCUUCCACCUGGAGCAGGUGGAACAGCCUUUGAGGUCCAAAAAGGCUGUAUGGCACAAAUUGUUGUCCAAGCAGCGGAAACGAGCAGUGGUGGCCUGUUUCAGGAUGGCUCCUCUCUACAAUUUGCCCAGGCACCGCUCUAUUAACCUCUUCCUCCAUGGCUAUCAGAGAUUUUGGAUAGAAACAGAGGCAUAUUCCUUUGAAGAGAAACUAGUACAGGACUUGGCUAAAUCUCCCAGGGUUGAAGAGGAGGAAGAGGAAGAGACAGAAAAGCAGCCUGACCCGCUUCACCAAAUCAUUCUGCAUUUUAGCCGCAAUGCGCUCACGGAGAGGAGCAAAUUGGAAGAUGACCCCUUGUACACCUCCUAUUCCAGCAUGAUGGCCAAGAGUUGUCAGAGUGGUGAGGAUGAAGAUGAAGAGGAAGACAAGGAAAAAACAUUUGAAGAGAAGGAGAUGGAGAAGCAGAAAACACUGUAUCAGCAAGCGCGCUUGCAUGAGCGUGGUGCUGCCGAGAUGGUCCUUCAGAUGAUAAGUGCCAGCAAAGGUGAGAUGAGCCCCAUGGUGGUGGAGACACUGAAGCUGGGGAUUGCCAUUCUGAAUGGAGGCAAUGCUGGUGUGCAACAGAAAAUGCUAGAUUACUUAAAAGAGAAAAAAGAUGCUGGAUUCUUUCAAAGCCUUUCUGGUCUUAUGCAGUCUUGUAGUGUCCUUGAUUUGAAUGCAUUUGAGAGGCAGAAUAAAGCUGAAGGCCUGGGAAUGGUUACAGAGGAAGGAACACUCAUUGUCCGUGAGCGUGGUGAAAAGGUACUCCAGAAUGAUGAGUUCACACAAGAUCUCUUUAGAUUCCUACAGUUGCUCUGUGAAGGACAUAACAGUGACUUUCAGAACUUUCUAAGGACUCAGAUGGGUAAUACCACCACUGUGAACAUCAUAAUCAGCACCGUGGACUACCUGCUUCGUCUGCAGGAAUCAAUCAGCGAUUUCUAUUGGUACUAUUCAGGAAAGGACAUCAUUGAUGAAUCCGGACAGCACAAUUUCUCUAAAGCUCUGGCAGUCACCAAGCAGAUUUUUAAUUCUCUUACAGAGUACAUCCAGGGCCCUUGCAUUGGGAACCAGCAGAGCCUGGCUCACAGUAGGCUGUGGGAUGCGGUGGUUGGAUUCCUCCAUGUAUUUGCUAACAUGCAGAUGAAGCUCUCUCAGGAUUCCAGUCAGAUCGAGCUGCUGAAGGAACUCUUGGAUCUCCUUCAGGACAUGGUGGUGAUGCUUCUGUCCCUACUGGAAGGAAAUGUGGUAAACGGAACUAUUGGAAAGCAGAUGGUUGACACACUGGUAGAAUCAUCUACUAAUGUAGAGAUGAUCUUGAAAUUCUUUGACAUGUUCUUGAAACUUAAAGACUUAACCAGCUCAGACACCUUCAAAGAAUAUGACCCAGAUGGUAAAGGGAUCAUCUCCAGAAAAGAAUUCCAGAAGGCCAUGGAAGGUCUAAAGCAAUAUACACAGUCAGAGAUUGACUUUCUCCUUUCAUGUACAGAGGCUGAUGAGAACGACAUGUUUAAUUAUGUUGAUUUUGUAGAGCGGUUCCAUGAGCCAGCCAAGGACAUUGGGUUCAAUGUGGCAGUGUUAUUGACAAAUCUCUCCGAACACAUGCCAAAUGAUUCUCGCCUAAAGUGUCUGUUGGACCCAGCAGAAAGUGUGCUAAAUUACUUUGAACCAUACCUGGGUCGAAUCGAGAUCAUGGGUGGGGCCAAGAAAAUCGAGCGUGUUUAUUUUGAGAUCAGUGAAUCCAGUCGAACUCAGUGGGAAAAACCUCAAGUGAAGGAAUCGAAGCGACAAUUCAUCUUUGAUGUCGUCAAUGAGGGUGGGGAGCAAGAGAAGAUGGAGUUGUUUGUGAACUUCUGUGAGGACACAAUCUUUGAGAUGCAAUUAGCAUCUCAGAUCUCAGAAUCUGACUCAACCGACAGACCAGAAGAGGAAGAGGAAGAGGGUGAAGAUUCUGCUUAUGCGAUAGAUAUGGACGGGGAGGAGGAGGAAGAUAAGUCUUUUGAAUCUGCCUCUGCUUUUGCCAUGGCCUGUGCCUCAGCAAAGAGAAAUGUCACCAACUUUCUGAAGAGGGCAACCCUGAAGAACCUCAGGAAACAGUACAGGAAUGUAAAAAAGAUGAGUGCGAAGGAGCUGGUGAAGGUGUUCUUCUCUUUCUUCUGGACGUUGUUCGUGGGCCUCUUCCAGUUGCUCUUCACCAUCUUGGGAGGAAUCUUUCAGAUCCUCUGGAACACAAGUGUUUGGAGGGGCCUUGUAGAAGGAGCAAAGAACAUCAGAGUGACCAAGAUCCUAGGUGACAUGCCUGACCCCACCCAAUUUGGGAUCCAUGAUGAUGCAAUGGAAGCUGACAGGGCAGAAGUGAUUGAGCCGGGUGUCACCACUGAGCUGGUCCACUGUAAAGGUGAGCCAGGAGAUACAGACAUUAUGUCAGAUCUCUUUGGAAUCCACUCCAAGAAAGAAAGUGGCUUAAAACAAGGGCCUGGUGGAUUGGGUGACCUCUCUGAAAUCAUCGGCAAGGAUAACCCUACAUUAGAGAGUACUGUGCGGAAGAAAAGGAAAGCACAGGCAGCAGAGAUGAAAGCAGUGCAUGACGCGGAAGGAAAGGCUGAAUCUGAGAAGGCUGACAUGGAAGACAGAGAAAAGGAGGACAAAGCCAAGGAGGAGGGACAAGCCGAGUACCUGUGGACACAAGUGCCACUGAAGAAGACGCGACGGCGUGGUCAGAAGGCUGAGAAGCCAGAAGCCUUCAUGGCCAAUUUCUUCAAAGGGCUGGAAAUCUACCAGACCAAGUUACUGCACUACCUGGCCAGGAAUUUCUACAACCUGAGGUUCCUUGCUCUGUUUGUAGCCUUCGCUAUCAACUUCAUCCUGCUUUUUUAUAAGGUCACUGAAGAACCUUUGGAGGAAGAGACAGAGGAUGUUGCAAACCUGUGGAACUCCUUCAAUGAUGACGAUGAGGAAGAAGCCAUGGUAUUCUUUGUUCUUCAGGAGAGCACUGGGUAUAUGGCACCAACACUGCGUGCCCUGGCCAUUGUCCACACCAUCAUCUCCCUGGUCUGUGUGGUGGGCUAUUACUGCCUGAAGGUGCCUCUGGUGGUAUUCAAAAGGGAGAAAGAAAUUGCCAGGAAGCUGGAGUUUGAUGGCCUUUAUAUCACCGAACAGCCAUCUGAAGAUGACAUCAAGGGGCAGUGGGACCGCUUGGUGAUCAACACGCCGUAAGUGCCCUUCAUUCCAAUCCUACAGAAGCAAAACUGUGUUAUCACCAUGAGCAAGUGACAUGCUUUAAUACCAGGACAUUUACGACCAUGAAAAUUGUAAGAUAAAUUAUUGUAGUAAAGGUAGAAAGAGAAGUGAACAUAUAAGUAAAGGCAACCAUGUUAAAACUUUAAGCUAUUUCAAUUAAGGUAUG